AUGUAUUGGUGUCAAGACCGUUGUGGAACAGACGUCGACACAUGCUGCCAGACUCCAGAUGGGCAGUAUAAUCUGUGUGGCUUAGGUACUAUCUGCUGCGGGUUUGGGUGUUACCCCAGCAGGUCCCAUACGUGUAAUGUCAACUUCAGUUGCACUGUGCCCAACGGAGAGGUCAUACCACCGGCAGCUCCAAACUCUACAAGUCAGCUCACACAUAAGCCCACCACCCACCAUCCCUCGAUACCACCUCCAGGAAAAGCCACAACCAAAACCGUGGUGUCAUCUGUCAAACAGCCCAGUCGCCGGUCAAGCAAUCAACCCCAGCACACCCUAGGUUUAUUGACUGAAUCAUUUGAAUCAACUACCGGCACACACUCAAAUCAGCCCACCGGCCCAGCGCUCGGUAAACCUGAAAAAUCUAUAGAAGCUCCAUUAGAUCAGCCCACGAUCGCGCCGGUUGACAAAACUGAACAACCCAAAAAGUAUACUGAACCGCUAAUAGACAAUACAGCGGAACAGCCUACAGACCAGUAUACGGGCCGCCCAACAGGCCAACCCUCUGGGCAACCUGAUCCCACAGAUCAACCUGCCUAG